GCUCUACUUCGCUCAAAGUUCUACACUUCUACCCAUACGUGCGCACAAUUGACCUUGUGAGAAUUUCACCAAUAGCUAGAUGCCUAUUAUGCGUAAUCAUGUAAAUCAUAAUUUAAGGCUUAUGAAAUAAAAGGACCCCUCAUAAAACUAGUUACCAACUUACCAUUACCUUAAAUUAUUGACAAGUUUAGGAUAUAAGAAUUGUGAUGCUAUCAGUUGUCGACUUGUCGUAGACUCAGUGGCAUUGACAUUAAGUACACAAAUUCUUAAUUCGUCACACUGUUAGUUAAUAAUAUCCCCCUCGGACCUCGGUACAUAGAGUCUAAAUGUCUAAGUUGUGUCUAAGUCUAACUGUACUUUGAGAGGUGGUUACUAAGUCUCAUAAUUAUUUUUUUUUGGAUCCAUAUAUAGGGUCGGGUCGGGUCGGGUCGGGUCCAGCUGGACCCUAGACCCGGACCCUAAAUUUUUUUGCGGACCCGGACCCGGACCCUAAGGGUCUGAAAAAUUGGACCCUGACCCAGACCCUAAGGGUCUGGAGGGUCUAGAGGGUCUGGAGGGUCCAGGUCUUUAUUUUGCCAAAUUUUUAGCAUUAUUAAUAUCAAUAAUCAUUUGAAAUUCGUAUGAAACAAACACAAAAAAAUCGCAUGAAUCAAACACAAGAAUUCGCAUGAAACAAACACAAACAUAUAAAUUGAAAAAAACGAAACAAACACAAACUUACAAACGAAAAAAAAAAGAAACAAACACAAUUCCAAACAUAUAAACUGAAAAAAAACGAAACAAACACCAAUAUACAAACUGAAAAAAAAAAGAAGAAACAAACACAACUUACAUAAGAGUUCAGAAUGGGUGUUUUAGUUUAUGUUUUAGUCAUUUAGAAAAUCAAUUUGUUUUUUUUAAAGUUAAAAUGUAUAUAUUAAAUAAGUUUUGGGGUCUAAUGGUCGGGUCUGGGUCCAAAAUUUUAAGACCCGGACCCGAACCCUAAAAAAUUCACUUGGACACAAACUCGGACCCGGACCCUUAGGGUCUGAAAAAGUUGGACCCAGACCCUUAAAUUAGGGUCGGGUCCAACAGGGUCUGGGUAGGGUCCUGGACCCAUGCCCAUCCCUAUAUAUGAGUCAUGAAGGCAGUACAAAGUACAAAGAAAAGGGAGGAGAAUUUGAACAUGUUCACAGCACCUCAAUCUUAACAAUUAGGUCAAGACAUCCUUGGUACUAAGUUGCAUAAUAAGGUUUACAGAUAAUACAUAUAUGUAUCACAGGUAAGUAUUAUUUAGGUUGUCAUAAGAUUAUUACUAAUGUAUAUACGAGAAUAUGUUCUUAUGUCUCUUAUAAAGCUUUCAGCGUUGUGUUUGGAUAGAGAAAAAGGAAGGAAAGGAAAAAAAACUUAGAAAGAGUAAUGAAAUUUCUUUCCAAACCUUUCUAUUAUUGGGAAGGUUUGUUUCUCACAAAAUGUUUAUCCAAAUGGAGGAAAAUCCAAACAAGUUGUUAGCGAGAUUAUCGAAAUGUGUUACCAAACCACUACUAUAUCAUAGUAACACAUGAGCAAGUGAAUAGUGCAAAAAGUGAAUUGCUGUAAUUUUUAGCAAACAGAAAUAUGUUUUAUUUUUAGGAAUAUUUGCUUCUAAAAUACAACCUUUUGGUCAUUCGUAAAUAAUAAUACAACUUUUUGAUUAUUCGUGAAUAAUGAAACUUUUAUACCCUAUUUUCUUUGAGUAGGAUAAAACCUAUAAAAUCGAUAAAUUUGAACACUUGACGGUGCACAAUUGGUGAAAAUGUUACAUAUAAAGAUUGCUUAGAACCUACAAAAGAAAAUAAAUUACCAAUUUUUUAAGUAAAAUUUCAUUUUAUCCUACUCAAAGAAAAUUGAGUAUAAAAAUUGCAUUGUUCCAAAAUAAUCAAAAAAUGAAAAGAUUGUUAUUAUUAUUUACAAAUGCGCAAAAUGUUGCAAUAUUAGAAGCUAUUAUUCCAUCAUUUUAUAGGAGCACUAUAUUUAAUGUAAUGUCACCAACAUUAAUUGGACAAAGUUCAAAAGUGGCUUUUCCAUGCUCAACUAAGGUCUCCUUUCACCAACCCAAAAAUUAAUGGUGGAAUUUCCCCCUAAUCAAGUAGGAAGCUUAACAAAUAAAAACCCUUCAAAAGAUAUGACAAGCGUUAGAGUUCAAUUGGGUUCAAGUGGAACUAGUCAAUUGUAGCAAUUUAAGUUUUGGGGUUUGACUUAUCUUUAGGCACCAACGCAUUUUCUCCCCCAGAAAGUAUUCUCACAUUUCCGAUAUUAGACAACUUGUCCCAUAUUGUAACAUUUUUGUAAUUUUAUUAGCAACUUAAUUCAAUACAAUAUAGUAUAACAUUCACUUAAUAUGAUAAAAUGCAACCAAAAUAUGAUAUAAUAGUCAAGCGACAUGAUAAGAUGGUGUCAAACUGUCAAGAUAUGAUAUACUAAUCAUCUAAUAUAUCAACUAAAUUUUAAAUAACAAACCCAAAUAAGCAUAUAUACAAAAUAAAUAUUUAUAAUUAUAAUUUUUUCAUAUUAAUAUUUGUCAUAAAAAUUACAUAAAUGCUAUGAUAUUGGACAAAAUUGUCCAAUAUCAGAUAUGGGAAUAUCGGUGCUCUUUUCUCUCCCCCUUCAAAUACGCAUUUUCUCUCUCCUCUGUAUGAAUUUAUGUGGUUCUCUUAUUACCAGAUCAGUCAAAAUAAACGAAGGAAUAGUAGUAAUGUAACAGAAAUAGUCACCUCAUUUUAUAAACAAGAGAACAAGUCAUCUUACUCCAUCUAACAAGCCUAUAAUGACUCCUAUUAAAUAUUAACCCACUUCAUACGAAUGGCCAAGUCAGUGGAAGUAAAGCUGAUUAUGACAUCUAAAUCUCAGAUUUUAGUUCUUCUUCUUCAAUUAUAACCAUUGACUAUAAACCUAGUUCAGUAACAGAACUUAAUACAUCAACAUUCCUUUCCUCCUGUCAUUCUCUCCUACAUAUUUCUCUGAAGUUUUUACACCUCGUUUCGACAUCAAAAUCUGGGUGAAUGGAUGAUGAAGUGGCUAAGGCAGAGAGAAGAGGCUGUAAAGAUACUGUUCGGGUUAUUGGGUUCGUGGUUUCGUUGCUCUUGCUCGUAUGGUUAGUCCAUAUGGGAUAUAGAUUGACAACGGAAACACGAGAUAUUGGAAGUGGUGAUGCUGAGGGUGGCUAUGUAGCUCUUGUUUUCGGAGUUGUCACGGUGGUGUUCGGUUUGAUAUAUUUCAUCAUUGGGUUGACUAUUGUUGUAGAGUUAGCUAUGGAGUUGAUAGCUUGGUUGAAACAGGAAGAUACAAGAACUAUCAACCGAGAAAAGGAGCAGAAGACAAUUUUUCAGAUCUUCAUGCAAGUUUCGGCCACCAUGAUUUCGAUGUUCAUGCUCAUGUGGACAAUAUACUAUGGGUAUAAGCUAGCAGCAGAAGCUCAAAAUGUUAUUGUAUACAACCGCUUGGCAUUCUUGAUAGGAGUUAUUACCAUGGCUUUUGGGUUCACAUAUUUUAUAAUUGGGAUUGCCCUAGUAGCAGAUUCUGCACUACAUCUCACAGGUCGACUACAACAGGAUGUCACUGAAAGUGAUCCACUCUUAGACAGAGACCUUAAUACAAGUCUUCUGGUGUAAUAAAAUAAAUAACCAAAGCAGCAACCACUGACUCCAGUUUUUGGUUCAGACUGCUAACAAGCUGAUACAGUACAACCUGAAUCUUGUACAGCAUUAUGUCUACCGUGCAUGAAUAAACAAGGCCCGGACUUUACAAUCCUGCAGCAGGAUUAAGUGCUUGCUAAAGGCUGGAGUAUUGGGGGAGACGAAGAUACUGAACGUGCAACCUAUUUCGAUCAAGAAUUCAAGACACAGACACUAGAGAUGCAUUUAAGAAGAACGCUUGUCCUGAGCGUGUUCCAUUGGACUACAUAAGAUCACAACCAACUGAUCGCAACCUGACUCUUGAAUGAUGAUUUAGAUCACUAGAGCAGGACAGACGGCUAACUAGUGCCACUCAAUUACAUCAGUAAAUAUUCUUAUUUUGUAGAGGCAAAUCCAUUUGCUUCCAGUUAAAUCACAAGUGCUACUAGGGAAAAUAUUUUUGUAUUCAAACAUGUUUCUCCAUUGUAAGCUAGCCCUACUCCAAAAGAUGAGCUAGUCAGAUUCUUUUGAGUAAUUGUGUAAUUUUCUAACCA